AUAAGAGAAGAGAUGUUAGUAUAAUAUAUAAGUUUUGGAGUUGGGCUAUUGCACGUUUCUGUAACCCAUUGGAGUCUGUGCUUCCAAUCCCCAAAUUCCACGAACCAGCGAUUCUGAAUGAAUCAGUUGUAACUAACAACAUCAAACGCCAUGGCAGAUGACUGUGCAUCAAACGACAGCACACCACUGCUGCAAACCCAGUAUGCGGAAUCGGAGCCGAAAAGAACAGGCACAGUGUGGACAGCAGUGGCGCACAUAGUGACAGGUGUCAUAGGCUCAGGAGUCCUCUCACUCGCAUGGAGCAUAGCCCAGCUUGGAUGGAUCGGAGGCCCUCUCGCAAUGCUUCUCUUCGCUUCCAUCACUCUUCUUUCCUCUUUUCUUCUCAGCAACACUUAUCGCUCCCCUGACCCUGAAUAUGGACCCAAACGGAGUUCUUCUUAUCUUGACGCCGUUAAUAUUCAUCAGGGAGUUGGAACUGGAAGGCUCUGUGGUGUUUUCGUGAAUGUGAGCUUAUAUGGUUUUGGAAUCGCCUACAUUAUUACUUCAGCUAUCAGCAUGAGAGCAAUCCAAGAAUCAAACUGUCACAUUAAGAACGGGAAUGGUGCAUGUGAGUUUGGGGAUUCAUACUACAUGCUUAUAUUUGGAGUUAUCCAGAUUCUUCUUUCACAGAUACCAAACUUCCAUAACAUUCAGUGGCUUUCGGUUGUCGCGGCGGUUAUGUCCUUUGCUUAUGCCUUCAUAGGAAUGGGGUUCGCCAUCAAGCAAACCGUAGAAAAAGGAUAUGCUGAGGGUACCAUUGAAGGAAUUCCUACUUCUACUGAUGUUCAAAAGAUGUGGCUGGUUGCUCAAGCUCUUGGUGACAUAGCAUUCUCCUAUCCAUUCUCAGUAAUUCUUAUAGAAGUACAGGAUACCUUGAAGUCACCUCCUCCUGAAAACGUAACCAUGAGGAGGGCCUCGCUAAUAGCAGUCAUUAUCACGACGUUUUUCUACCUCUGUUGCGGCUGUGCUGGAUAUGCAGCUUUCGGCAAUGACACACCGGGAAACCUUUUAACAGGGUUUGAAUUUGCAAGGCCUCACUGGCUAGUAGACUUUGCCAAUGCUUGUAUAGUUGUUCAUCUUGUUGGUGCAUAUCAGGUGUAUAGCCAGCCACUCUUCGCCAAUGUUGAAAAUUGGCUUCGGUUCAAAUUCCCGGACAGCGAUUUUGUGAAUCAAACAUAUAACUUGAAACUUCCUUUUCUGCCAGCUUUUCCGUUGGCAUAAUCUUUUGGCCAUUAACGAUAUAUUUUCCAGUGGAAAUGUACUUGAGUCAGGGCAACAUUCAACCAUGGACAACGAAGUGGGUCUUGCUUAGAACUUUUAGCAUUGUUUGUUUUGUGGUGGGAAUGUUUACUCUUGUUGGAUCCAUUGAAGGAAUAAUAAGUGCAAAAUUAAGCUGAGAGAAUCUUUCCCCAAAAUUGGAAAUUUCUUCCCGUUACUUUUCAUAUGAAAAAAACAUUAGUCAUUAGACAUAGGACUAGAAAGCAUAAAGCAUUAUGAUUAGAGAGAGUAUUGAAUUGAAGGUUUUGAUGCUUUUGUCUCAUUAAUAUGUAUGAUUGAGCUGCUGGAACUUAAAAUUACAUUGUUUUUUUUU